ACCCAAAAAUACCCUCACUAUUCUUGUCAAAUAAACCUCUGACUAUUAGGGGUCGACAGGGGUGUUAUAGUAAAUUCAGUGAUCCCUUAACUGUUGAUAUUAAUUCUAAUUAAUCGUAAAAGAGCAACAAAACGGCGCGCAAAUUAUUUAAUAAUAGGAUUGGAGGGAGAGGGAAUAAAUCCUACGUAGCAAUACGUUCUCUCUCUAAAAAAAAAAAAAAAAGAGAGAAAAAGAAAAAGAAAGGAAAAGGAAAAGGAAAAGUUAAUUCUCUUUCUCUCUCUAAAAGCAGAGCUUUUUAUAAAUUUUCCUCCUUCUUGCUUUUGAGCUUCCUUGAGCCAAUCUGGAGAUUCUUGAUUGACCAUUCACCUCUCUUUUUCUCUCUGUUAUAAAUGCCAUUCUCUCUCUACUUCCCUCUCUGUGUCUUGUUUUAUAAACCUCCAUUCUCUAGAGCUUCUUGUUGCUAAUUUUAGAAGCCAUUUUUGGAGUUCUUUUCAAUAAUUAUUCGCUUAAUUUUCUUUUUCUUUUCCAAUUUAACGUCUUUCUAUUGUUUCUUUGCUUCUUCGAUUUAGUAAUGCAGAUUCUUGGUGUUUCUUGAUCCCUCAUUUUCUUGCUUUCUUGCUAUUCAUUACCUUACCUUGUCAUCCUUAUAUAAAGGAAGCUCAAGACACAGAAAGAAGAAAAAGAAACAAAAGGAACCAACCAUCUUCUAUUUUAUUUCUCCCGAGUUUUUUCUUUUUUGUGAUUGACUAAAAAGUUUCAGAAGAUCAAAAUAAGAAAAAAGGGAAUGUUAGACGGAUUGUUGAAAUCGAAAUACCACACGAAAUGCAAGUCGCUGGUGAAGAUGACAAAGACAAGACUGGAAGUGUUAAAGAAGAAGAAGUGCUCCGUUGCAAAGUUCUUGAAGAAUGAUAUGGCUGAUCUUCUCAGGAACGGUCUUGAUUAUAAUGCCUAUUGCCGGGCUGAAGGGCUUCUAGUUGAGCAAAAGAUGAUAGCUUGUUACAAUUUCACAGAGCAGUUUUGUGGAUGUAUCGCAAGCAAUCUUACAACCAUGAAUAAACAAAGCAGGGAAUGCCCUGAGGAAUGCAGAGAAGCUGUUCAAUCUCUAAUAUAUGCAGCAGCAAGGAUUGCCGAAUUUCCUGAGCUAAGAGAUCUCCGAACUCUAUUCAAUGAAAGAUAUGGGAAUUGCCUGGAAUGUUUCCUCAAUAAAGAGUUUGCUGAGACAUUGAAGCCAACACCAGCCACAAAGGAGAUGAAACUUCAGUUGAUGCAUGACAUAGCAGCAGAGUUCAAUAUAGAAUGGAACUCCAAGCCUUUGGAACAGAAACUUUUCAGACCACCCAGUGCUCUAGAUGACCAACAUAGACAUGAUGAAUGUUUAAGCAAUACUGAUAAUGCAGCUGGAUACAAAUGGAAGAAAGACAAGGAUGAUGAUGAUGAUGAUUCGCCGCCAAAAAAAAUUAGAAGUGAACUCGCAUCUCAUGGGAGGAAGAAUGGCAUUGAUGAGAAAUAUAAUCUACCAAACAGCAGUGAAGAUGAGGUGAUUUCGGUUGGCAGGAGAGAUAGCACUGACCUCGAUAGUCUACACGCUAGUUCAAGUUCAGUAGGAAGUGUUUCGGAAGAUGAAAUUGAUAACAAGAAGCCUUUUUACUACAGAUUCAUUCCUCCACCUUAUAUUAGAACAAAAGGUAUAACAGAUGAAAGCAAGAUUGAACAUCCCUCGAAACCAAAUGGCAACGUUGUCACAGAAGAAGCUACUCGCCGAGAUGAUUUUGGUAAGGAAGCUAAGCCGAAACCAAAGUCAGUCCGACGGAGACUAAUGAAGUCACCUCAGGAUAAUACUGGCAGUAUCGAGAGGCCACUGAAGCCACCACCAGGCCGCGAAAAGUUUCUCGGUUAUGGUGGUGAUGGAUGGCUUGGGAAGAUUAAUCCAAGUGCAGUGAAAAGAGAAGGGGCUAGAUCAGGUUCAAGAUUUGCUCAAGCAGAUGACAAUGGCGAUCAAAGGGAUGAAGAGGAAAAGAUGCUUGAUGGACUUCUGAUGGAUUACUGUAAGGACAAACCGAUACCAAAUGUGAGGCAUCUUGCAUUGCAAACAAGCGAUGAUAGAAAUGUAAAAUCUGAGUUAGCUCUUCCUCCUGGCAGAGAAGCAGAACAAGCAACACCAAAGAAGGCAACAAAAAUGCAUGCUCGAGCAGCUUCAUUGCAGCCAGAGAUAGCGAGCAGACAUGUGCACCCUAAGCUGCCUGAUUGUGAUGAUUUAGCAGCUCGUAUUGCUGCUCUUAAGGGGAGAUAAAAAAAAAGAAAAGGAAGAUUAUGAUAAUAGGGUAUCAGAGCUUGCUUAACAUUCUUUAGUAUUCCUUAAAAAAAAAAAAAAAGGAAAAACAAAAAAAGAGAAAAAAUUGAAAAGGUAAGUAAUUAGUAGUGUUCUUAUAGUUAUCUGAUUGAUUAAUGGUACAGAUGCUAUACUUGUUCACAGCUAUUAUAUUAAUUCAGACUCAGAUUCAGAUUGUCUUCUUUA